AUGAGCAGCGAUAUCCCCUGCUUCAAGCUUGUCGAGACCGAAAAGACGCUCGCCUUUCUCGACAUCAACCCGCUCAGCCGAGGCCACGCCCUCGUCAUCCCCAAGUUCCACGGCGAGAAGCUGACCGACAUCCCCGAUGAGCACCUGAGCGACAUCCUGAUCCCCAAGCCGAACCCGGAGGAAGGCCUCGUUAUCGGCUGGCCCCAGCAGGCGACCGAUAUGGACAAGCUCAAGGCGUUGUUUGAGGAUAUCAAGUCCAAGGUGUAA